AUGAACUGGUUCAUAAUCCUUUCUUUAUUUUGCAUUUUGAAUUUCCAAGAAUGUCACUGCUGUUUGAAAUCGAAAAGGAGCGCAGAUUAUUGCGAGUGCUCCGAUAUUAUUGAUUUGUUGGAUGAAUAUGCAGAUAGAGCUAAUAUACCCAUUACUGAGAAAGUUGGCUGCGUUAGAAAUAUUACUUGUAAUGCUGAUAUUAACACAUUUGCCGGAUUUUAUUUUAGUGCAUCGGAAAUCGUUCGCCCUGAUGGUAAUACUGAUAAUAUAGCAUAUGUGGAUAGUAUUAAUCGCCAAACUGGGGUACCAAGAGGACCUCUGAAUAUAUUUUCUUCUUUUGGAAUGUCUUGUGAGAACAAGAAAUGGUAUGUAACCAAAUAUCCUCACGGACUUAGUUAUUAUACGAAAGACUCCGAAGAAUUCAUCAGUGGUGAUUUUGAUGGAAAAAAGUCGGAAAUCGGGAAGAUUUUUUGCAAGCCUCCGGUGAUUUAG